AUGUCCAACGGUCUUCCUUAUCUGAACAAGCUCCGCAAAGGAGACUUGGUCGAGUUCGCCGAGCAUACCGACCUGCCAGACUUCUCGGACUACAACAAAAAUGAACUGGUCGCAGCACUAGACAAGCACCUCAGCGAUAACCGUGCCAUCUUCUCGAAUGACAAGAAGCUCGCUGAAUUCUAUUCGCGCUUGGCCUCUCCUCCUCGUAGAGGAUCGCCCGUGAAGCGCGAGCCUAAGGUUGAACUCACUGCAAUUGAGAAGACUCCUGCGCGGACUCCUGGUCGGCGAUCUACUAAGGCAAAGGAGGAACCUACUGAGUCUGACGAUGCCACCAAAACACCCGUAACAAAGAAGACCCCCGCUUCUGCGUCGCGCUCCGCCGCUCGCUCCACUGUGCGCUCGGUCGUCGACUCAGCAAAUGUGCAAUUUCCUCCCUCUCCCGCCGUGGUAACCGAUGCCAUUGACAGACAGACUGUUAAGAUGCGCGAGGGUCUAGAAAGCGCAUGGUCCGCAUCCGGCAUUAUUGAGCGCUCUCACGCACUGCGCGCAACCCUAAGCAGCCUCAAGGCCGUAGAGACAAUCUUCGUCCUCCUAGAACUGAGCAGCGUUCUCUACGAGCUUAUUCCUCUGCGAUACCUAACUACUACUCCUGCCAUUCCAGCCGCCUUCCUGCCCGCAUUCCACAUCAAGAUCCCAGAUCUCUUUGUUCUGCUUACUCCCAACUUCUGGGCACCUUUCACCCUUUGGUUCCUCAGCAACUUGCUCGUGCCUUUGCUGGCUGCCUACUUCUUUAACUUGAGCUGGCAAGCUGCUACUGGUGGUGCUCAGCCUGUGCGCCGUAGUAGCCGUUCGGCUCCAACUCGCCCCAGCUUUGACCCUCUGUCUUUCAACAUCGCCAAGGCUAUCCUGGUCUACAAGGUGUAUGCUGAUCACUACGAUUAUGCUGGCCUCUAUAGCAAAUAUGCGAUCGCAAAGGUCAACUACGCCAUCCCCGGACAGUGGAAGGGUCUUUUGGCUGGAUCCGCCAUUGGUGUCGUUGGUACUCUGUACGAGGCUAUUCUGCGCCGCUCAUAG